AUGAGUCCCGACAUUGUCUCAAUUCUGGAAGAGCUUCUGUUCUUCCUGACGCUUGUGUGCUGUAGCGAAGGCACACGCAGAUUGGUGAAGCGCGCCAGGCCGGACUCACGGGCGGCAGCAGCACUUCUGAUUUGCAGCUUGGUUUUGGGAUGGUACAGUGUAUCCAUUACUCUGGUGUUGCUGAACAAAUGGGUCAUGAAGUCUUGGAGAGGCGGCCUCAACUUUCCGCUCUUCUACACCAUGAGUCACAUGGUCUUGAAAGGUUUCUUCUCCUUUCUUUACUUGGUGAUGAGCUGUCAUCCUCCCGGCAAGCAGAGGCGUUCGGUUUGCUGCGGAGUGUCCCUAGUCGGCGUCAUGACGGCGCUGGAUGUGGCAGCAUCCAACAUGAGCUUUCUGUUCAUCACUGUUGCCUUCUACACGAUGUUGAAGUCGGCCUCGUUGAUCUUCAUCCUGGUGUUGGGUGCAGUUCUGCGCAUCGAGAAAUGCUCUGCCGGAGUUGCAGCCACGGUCCUUCUGAUUUCAAUUGGAAUCUUCAUUACAUCUUACGGGGAGACAGACUUUGACCUCCGGGGCUUCUGGCUGGUGCUCGGCUCCGAGGUCUUCGCUGCCUUGCGCUGGCUUGCGACGCAGAAGACCCUCCAAUCGAGCGGUUUAUCUGCUAUGCAGACGGUUUUCUACAUGUCACCUGCGUCGUCACUGACGCUAGCACCUUUCGUGUGGGUACGAGAGAGGGAAAAGUUGCAUGUUUUGGCAGAGCCCGAUGCAGCUGGCCAGUACUUCCUCCUUGUACUGCUGCCAGGUUUUCUUGCCUUCCUCCUCCUCCUCGUCGAGGUACACCUCGUGAAAGUCACGUCUUCUUUGACAUUGGCAGUUUUCGGCAAUCUCAAGUCCAUCGUGACGAUCCUCUUUUCCAUCUUCGUCUUCGGCGAGAAGACGACGGCCCUGCAGUGGAGCGGACUGCUCCUCGCCCUGGCUGGAAUGCUCAUCUACGCGAGGCUGAAGAACAAGUCUGUGGCAGUAGACUCCUUGGCAUCACUUCAAUACGAAGUCCUGCCACAGGACGAGGACACCUGGCCAGACGCUGCGACAUGCACAGCGGAGGAGCCACAGAAGGCGUCGGCAGGUCAAAGCCCUACCGUGCUUGGCGCCUCUGACCAAAUCGCACCGGGCCUGGAAGACUUCGCUACUUUUGACGAGCCUGCCCUUGACGCGCACGCGACGCCAGCGGGGGCUGAUCAGCCGGCAGGUGCUGCAACUCCACGACAGGCGGAGUGA